CUCCUUAACCUCCAAAGAGAUCAUAUUAACCUGAUCUCAAGCACAACCAAUUAGUAAAUGAUAUCGGUUUUUCAAAGGCAGGACUCCCAGUUUCAAGCCCUGCUGAAAACAAACAUUUUUUUUUUUGUUUUUAGCUAGCUGAAACAAGCUACUUCUCACUGUUGAAUCUAAUGAACUCCGAUGAAGAAACUCCGACAACUUCACCACCCAAAUUGGUUCCAACCACCACCACCACCGUCAAACCACCGUCCACAUGGCUCCAACGCCUUUAUACCUCCAAAGGCUUCCAAGAUUCCGAUCACUUUCUCUCCAACAAAAUAGACCCACCAACUCAUCAUACAAUACCCACCAAAAAUAUCCCUCAAAAACACACUAAUAAUAAUAAUAAUGAAAAUCAAAAUGGGUCUGAUUUGAUAAACAAUAUAUUAUCUGAAUUGUUUUGUAUGGGAGAUUAUGAAAACCCAACAAGAAUUAUUAAGAAAAAGAUUACUAGGAAACAACAUUGUCCUAGGUUUUACGUAGUUCCGAAAAAUCCGGAUACUUUUGAAAAGGUUAAUGUUUCAGUUCCUCAAAAUCCGGGUGUUGUUAGAAAGGUUAAGGUUUCGGUUCCGCAAAUUCCGGAUGCUUUUGGGAAGGUUAAGGUGCCGGUUCCGUUGACUUUGACUGGUGAAAAAAAAGUGAGGGUGAAAGUGAAGGUGAAGAGAAGGGAGGUUGUGGAAGAGGAAGAAGAAGAAGAAGAGGAGGGAGAGGAUUGGGAUGCUUCAGGGUAUUCGCAAACCGAGGUUACUGUUAUCGAUACGAGUGUUUCGGAUUGGAAGUUUGAUAGGGUAUUGUAUAGAAAAAAGAAAACGAAUGUGUGGAAAGUCGGGGAUACGAAAGGUAAAGGGGUGUUGAGGAAUUGUGGUUUUGGAAACAAGAGAAAACGGGACGAUAAUGAGAAUGUGAACGAUGUAUAUAAGAAGAAGAAAAAAUUAAAGUUUCGAGAAGAAAAUGAUGUUGAAAAGAAAAUAAAGAAGAAAAAGAAGUUGAUUUUUUGUAAUUCAUUAAGUUAUGUAGAUAUGGAUGGAGGAGCACCUAUGGUUCGGAUGAAAUCUGCUCAGGGACAUGAACAAGGCCCGGUGGUGGUAGCAGCCUUUAAACUGAAGCAGGAUAAUUGUAGCCAAGCUUUGUGAAAUUUAUGCAAAAUGAGUACAAAACUAGAUGGUAUGCUCUUUGAAAGAUCUGAGUGGAGCUAUGCAGCUGCCGAUGGACCCACAUUUUGGUCGAGGGAAGUAGAUUUGCUUUGCUUUUAUAACUCAGUCCAACUUUAACUGGAAGAUACUUCUGAUCAUGCGAUGCUAGACUGUUGCUGUAAAACAGACAAAUGCUGCACUUUUUUCUUCAUAGUUGUCUUUUUAAGUUUAAGUGUAUGAAAGUGUAACGUGGAUGUGAAUACAUGUUUUGAACCAAAACAGAAGUGCGUAUGUUGCUUGGUUUAAAUGUUCCGAACUAGUUGCUACAGACUUCUUAGGGGUUGCUAGAGGAGCUGUGGAUCUGCAGAUGAAGCCACAUUUUGGUUGGCGGAUGUUGAUUUGCUCUGCUUUCUAAAUGAAGUCUAAUUUUAAAUGGUAGAUAUUUCUGAUCA